AUGCCGACGACACCCCACACGCCGUCGCACUCGACGUCGUCGUCGCAGCAGCUGCAACAGCAGCAACACCAGCAGCAGCAGCACCAGCCGCCGAUCCCGAUCAGCAUCACCAUCUGCGGCGACGGCGGGUGCGGCAAGUCGUCGAUCACGCUCCGGCUCGUGCGCAGCCAGUGGACGUCCGAGUACGACCCGACCAUCGAGGACAGCUACAGCAUCACGCGGCGCAUCGACGGGGCCACCUACCACCUCUCCCUGACCGACACGGCCGGCCAGGAGGAGUACCGCGGCAUGUGGGCGUCGUCCAACCUCGGCGCCGACGCCUUCCUGCUCGUCUACGACAUCACCUCGCGCGACAGCCUCGACGCCCUGCAGCACUUUGGUGACCUCAUCGAUAUGGAGGCCGAGACGCGCCUCGACAACGCCGCCCGCGCCCGCCGCGCCGGCGUGCCCGGGUCCGCCGGCGCCAAGACCGUCUCGCCCGUCAAGAUCGUCGCGGGGAACAAGUGCGACCUACAGGAGAGCAGGCAGGUGGCCGCGUCGGUCGGGCUCGAGUGGGCCCGCCGCCACGGUUGCGGCUUCAUGGAGACGAGCGCCCGCCUCGAGGUCAACAUCGAGGAGACCUUUGCCCUCAUCGUGCGCCGCGUCGUCGAGGCCCGCCGCCUCGCCGAGCUGGGCGUCCUCGAGCCCGGCGCCGCCGCGGGGGACGACAGGCACGGCAUCACCAAGCCGCUCACCCCGCUGCCUGCUGACGGCGGCAAGGCCGCUGCUGGUGCUGCCGCUGCUGGUGGUGGUGAGAAGGGAUCCGGUGGGCACCACAGGAUGAGGGGGCCGAGUAUCGGGGGUGCGAAGGUGGGCCCGGCAGAGUUCUGGAAGAGGCUGCGGUGUUGGUGA